CUGCUAUUACCUGAUUCUACAUAUCUCUCAAAGCCUGCAUUUUACACUGAAUCUCUUUAGUUCCUUCUGGAAUCUAGCUAAAAAGGAACAUUAAAGCCGUUUGGAAAACCUAGAAGCGAAACAACAGUACAUCUUAAGCAAGAUCUAAUUUUCUUCAAACAAUGUUGCUCACUGAGAUCGAUCAUUUUAGCCACUCACACAGGCUUAAACUAAUGCCUGUCGAAGCCCCAUACCAAUGUGAUGGAUGCAAAGAGCUAGGAUUUGCGCCAUGUUACCAGUGUACAAUGUGCAGCUUUCAUCUUCACGAGGAAUGCGCAAGAGCUGAACCAAACAUCUCUCAUAAAUAUUUCAAGAAAUGCAACUUCAAAUUCUACGAGGAAAAUCUUCGUGGUGGUGUAAGAAUUUGUGAUGCAUGUGGAAAGGAUAUACAAGGGUUCUUGUACCAAUGCUCACAUGAGAAAGCAUUUGAUUUGCACCCAUGCUGCGCAAAGCUCAAAGAAACCCUAACCGGUCCUGAAGGGAUCAAGCUUUACCUUAGUAACAAGGUGCAAUUAAAGUGCUUAAAAUGUCAACGUAAGAAAACUUCGAACCGGGUGAAAGGUUUUUCGUAUGUUUCCUCUUCUGGUAAGUACUGUUAUCAUGUGGCGUGUGUGAAAGAUCUGAUUGUAGACAAUUGGAGGAGAGCCCAUUUCUCUGGUAUUACAGAGGUUAAUGGUCAUUUAGCACUGCAGAACAUUGCAGUUCCAAGUCAAGAAGUGGCACUACUAAGUGGGCAAAGCUCAAUGUUAAGGAAGGCUAAAACUUUCUGCAAGAAGGCAUUAUUGUAUAUCAGGCUCGUCGUUUCUGCCAUAUUUGGUAAUCCAACGGAUUUGAUUUUUGCCAUCCUCGAACCUUUACUCUCAAAUAAUUAAAUUCAUACUUCUUGAUUAUGAAUGUACAUAGAUAAUAGAUUGUUUUGUAUGAUAGGCAGUGAUACUCUUAUUUGUAAAAGUUUACUUUUAUAUUGGUUCAAUCAUGAACCCAUUGCUUUUUGUGUAUAUAUUUUUCUUUCUUG